AUGAAGAAAGUGUUACCAUCUAUUAUGAAACAUGUAAUUUAAUGUAAUUAUAAAAUAAUAGGUAAACUAAACAGAAUUUGGAGGACCAAAUGUUCUUAAAUUAGGUGAAUCCUUAAUACCCUAACCAAAAACAAAUUAAUCUUUAAUUGAAAUUCAUUCAACAUCUGUAAAUAGAGCUGAUAUUCUACAAAGAUAAGGCAAAUAUCCUCCUCCAAAAGGAAUUACAAAUAUAUUGGGAUUAGAAUUUGCUGGCUAUGAACUUGAUUAAUAAGGGAAUAGAUUAAGAAGAGUAAUGGGAAUAUUAUCAGGAGGUGGAUAUGCUUAGUAUGUUGCCAUCAAUAAAGAUCAUUUAAUUGAGAUACCUUCUAACAUUCCAUUCCAUACUGUAUUAUUAUUAUAUUUAUUAUAGGCUGGUGGUAUUAGUGAAAUAUAUUUGACUGCUUAUUUAUAAUAUAAAUUAUCAGAAUUAUAAUAAGGAAAUGCAUGUUUAGUUUAUGCAGCGGCUUCUGGAGUUGGUUAAGCUACCUUAUAAUUAUGUAAUCUCUUUGGAGUUAAGGCUAUUGCUAGUUGUUCAUAAGAUAAAAUUUAGAAUAUUUAACAUUAUACUAAUUUAAUUGUUCAUAGGAAUCAAUCUAUUUAAGAUUAAAUUUCAUAAAUUAAAUAGUAUUAACCUUAAGGAGUUUAAGCAGUUUUUGAUUGUGUAGGAUAAUAAAAUUAUUAAAUUACUCUAGAUUCUUUAGGUAUGGAUGGUAAAUGGAUACUAUAUGGUUUAUUAACUGGAGGUUCUAUUGACAAAUUUAAUCUAGCACCAUUAUUGAUUAAAAGAAUUCAUCUAAUCAAUUCUACACUCAGGUAUCUAAACUUAUGAUUCCAUAAGAUCACGCUCUGAUUAAUUUAAAGCACAACUUGUUUAAGAAUUCAAAAUUAAUAUUCUACCUUUUAUUGAAAAUGGACAAAUUUCUAUUCCAAUUGAAUCUGUUACCAAAGUCACUUGGGAUCAAUAAGGAAUCAAUUAAAUUAUUGGAUUACAUACUCUUAUGGAAUCUAAUAAAAAUGUUGGAAAAUUAAUUAUAUAAUUUUUAAAUGAAUGA